UCAAUUAGGUUUUGAAACGAGUCGCGACAAAUACGGCAAUCUCAAGUUUAUCAACCGCCUCUUGCUUUGCUAGGGUUAGGGUUUCCUCAUCAGAAAGCCCACCGCCUCAUCGGCUAUCGCCUCAUUAUCUUUCUUGUUUUCUUCAGUCUGAUCUUUCGAAAUCUAUAAUUGCUCUCUAUUCUCUUAAAGUAUUUUGUUUUUCUUGAUCACGGAGAUGGAAUGCUUGACGGAAUUUCCUCAUUCUCACAUGGAUCGGCGUCCUCGUAAGAGGCCGAAGCUAGCUUGGGAUGUACCUCAGGUACCUACGGCUCAGCCAGGAUUAUUUUGUGGGCAAGAGGUUGGAAACUUGACAAGCUUUGCACCUUCAAGAGCACCCUCAGAACAUACUAGUUCUUCUCUGUUAGUAAAGGGAGUGGCUCGAAAUGAUUCCCCCCCAUGGCGAGAUGAUGACAAAGAUGGACAUUACAUGUUUGCGCUUGGAGAAAAUUUAACUUCUCGCUAUCGGAUUCACAGCAAAAUGGGUGAAGGGACUUUUGGGCAGGUUUUGGAAUGCUGGGACAGGGAAAGGAAGGAAAUGGUUGCCAUUAAAAUUGUUCGUGGCAUUAAGAAGUAUCGUGAUGCUGCAAUGAUAGAAAUUGAAGUCCUUCAACAGCUGGCAAAACAUGACAAAAAUGGUGGCCGUUGUGUGCAAAUACGGAACUGGUUUGACUAUCGUAAUCAUAUCUGUAUUGUAUUUGAGAAGCUUGGACCAAGCUUAUACGAUUUUCUACGGAAAAACAAUUAUCGCUCUUUUCCCAUUGAUCUAGUUCGUGAGAUUGGAAGGCAACUGUUGGAAUGUGUAGCAUUCAUGCAUGAUUUGCGUCUCAUUCAUACUGAUUUGAAGCCUGAGAACAUUCUAUUCGUCUCCCCAGAGUAUGUUAAAGUACCAGACUACAAGGUUUCCUCCCGAUCCCCCAAGGAUGGUUCAUAUUUCAAAAGGUUGCCAAAGUCCAGUACUAUAAAGGUAAUUGAUUUUGGUAGCACAACAUAUGAGAAUCAAGAUCACAGCUACAUAGUUUCAACUCGGCAUUACCGUGCACCUGAAGUCAUUCUUGGACUUGGGUGGAGCUAUCCAUGCGACAUAUGGAGUGUUGGUUGUAUUUUGGUGGAGCUAUGCUCGGGAGAGGCUUUGUUUCAGACCCAUGAGAACUUAGAGCAUCUUGCCAUGAUGGAGAGAGUGUUGGGUCCAUUGCCUCAGCACAUGUUGAAGCGAGUGGACCGACCUGCUGAGAAAUACGUUAGAAGAGGUAGACUAGACUGGCCUGAGGGUGCAACAUCAAGAGAGAGCAUUAAAGCUGUUACUAAGUUGCCUCGUCUGCAGAACCUAGUAAUGCAGCAUGUGGACCAUUCGGCAGGGGAUCUUAUAGACUUGGUACUAGGUUUGCUCAAGUAUGACCCUGUGGACCGGCUUAGUGCACGCGAAGCGCUGAGGCAUCCCUUCUUUACAAGGGAUCAUCACAGGAGAUGAUAAAUGUACAGUAUACGAAACCUUUAGCCCAUGAAAGAAUUUUAGGAUCACAUGCGGGGGAUGUUGGAUCUUUGGUUCUAGAAGUGUAUAAAAUUAGUUGGGCUGGGUCUGUGGCCUCUGGGCUGAUGAUGUACAAAAGAGUAAUGAAAGAAAUUAGACUCCAGGGGUUUCUCAUCCGGAGUCCAACUCCCCCCAAGGAAGGAGCGUUCUUUUAUUUUUUCUCCUCGUAAUGGAUAUACAUUACAAUGACAGACAACUGAGAAUCUAACAAAAUUGCUACAUUGCUCCUUUGUUUC